CGUCAACCAUCAACGCAAGCGGACGUGUGGCCGCGUAUCGGUUUCAACGGUGACAGAUACGUGCGUGAAAGUUACGUGCGUUUCGUGCACGAGGUCAACAGUGUCGUAGAUUUUCCAAGCGUGGAAAAAGUGUUGUUUAUUUAGUGAACAAAAAGGUGAAAAAGAACUAACGUAAUUCGCGCACGGAGAAGCACGUUUCCGUUAAAAAAUACAGAGCAAAACAAGGCUAGCGUUUCAGCCUCCCACGGGGGACAUAUGUGCGGCGUUGUGUUACUGGCAGCUAGGGCAAAACGGAAAGAAGGAAGGAGCAGUUGUGUGUUGCACGUGUGUUUCUGUGUGUGUGUCCGUGAAGAUUAUUUUUAAAAGCAAAGAAAACAGCGAUACUCGGUUGUGGUGUUGGAUGUGUGAUGGGGUCAAAUUAAAAAAAAAGCAUCUCUCUCUCCCAACAAGCGCCCUACAAAGGCGGGUUGAUAAAAGAAAGCAAAGAAGAAACCUUCGCGUAGUGCCUAAAAAAGUUGCGUGAGUGCUUGCGUGCCGUGCCUGCGUCGCGCUGUGUGUGUGUAUGUGUUUGAGUUGAGUCGUGUGACGACGACUUUGUUGGAGUCUUUUUUUAGGCUUGCAUGGGCUUGCCUUGACGGUGGAGCACGAAAAGAAAGUGAGAGCGUGAAGGUGACGUCGUCCAAAGCUGAAGUUGCCGUUGUUUUUUGUGCGUGUGUUCCCAACGGAGGACGACAACAGAGCAAACAGUGUGGAACGUAAAAAGGGGUGUUUUUGGUGGAGGCUUUGCAUAUCCUCGGGUGGAAGUGUUACACGAUAGUGAGUGCAAGACGUGUGCUGUUUACUACGCGAAACCCCUGCAACUACUACUGCCUUCACUAGUGAGAACGAGAGAGAGAGAGAGAGAGAGCGAAAAAGAGAUAGAUCUUACCUGUUGUGCUUCCUUCGGUUGUCAGGGUAACGGGCUUAUGAAACGGAAAUCCACCCUGCCUGAGUGUACUUGCGUGUGCGUGUGUGAGGUGAAAUGCAUGUAGCGUGGGAAAAAAGCGUGAGCCAGUGAGCCUCAGCCGAGCUCACCGGGGUGAAGCAAAAAGGAUGGCCUUUCGUGUGAUGCAUGACAGCUGUGUGGUCAAAACUGACAUAUUCCAACGUGCUGCUGCGGUGUUUACUGUGAUCUGUGAAGACUAACUCGGGCCUUCCCUUGUGCACUGGUGCGAGUUGGGGUCUGUGUGUGUGUGUGUGUGGGGGUUCGCCAGUGUGACUGGAGUCGUGCCACUCUGGUCGGCGCACAGUGAGAGGGAGCAGCACCAUAGGAGGACGUAAGCGCGCUCCACCUUCAUCCUGGCGGCGGCAGCACGGACGGCGGCGGUCCACCUGCUAACGCUAGCACUGCUCGUGGGUAGUUGGUGCUGUCGGUCGGUGGACGGCCGGGGUAACUUCCUGCGGCACGACGAUGCACUCCCGAAGGCGUGCAGCUGGACCGGUGCGAUACUGGAAGUAUCGCAGGAGAAGCGCUCGGACGAGCUGCAGUGCCGGAUUAAGACGAUCACCAAGACGGAGAGUCUGCUAGCUAACAUAAGUAGUUAUCAAAUUGAUAGGAUUAAGUCGCUCAAGCUCGAGUGCAACGACAUUAUGUUCUUCGAAAGUUCCUUAGAGUCGACGACGACGCCCGGCAACUUUUUGGGCAACCUGCACGGGUUGCUCCGGCUGUCGAUCGAUUACUGCAAGAUCAAGUACAUACCGGCGCACGCGUUCGCCAACAUGAAGGUGCUGAAGAGCCUGACGCUCAGCACGCACAACGUCGACUGGUCGGUGAUGAAUCUCGAGCUACAUCCGGACAGCUUCCGGGGGUUGUCCGAGCUGAAGGAGAUGCAUCUGGCGGACAACAACAUCUGGAGCUUGCCGGGGGAAGUGUUCUGCCCGUUGCAGAAACUGCGCGUCCUCAACCUUACCGGCAAUCGGUUGAGUGAUCUAACACAGCUGAUGCUGUCCGACUGGGGCAACGGUCCGACGGAACCGGGUCGGGCGUGCAACACCGGUCUGGAGGUGCUAGAUCUGUCCGGUAACGAUCUGACGCUACUUCCGGACAAUGGUCUAACGGCGAUGCGUUCGCUGAAUGCGCUUCAUCUGCAGCGCAACUUGCUGAAGGAGAUCGCGGAUCGUGCGUUCGUCGGACUGGGGACGCUCGAAAUAUUGGAUCUGUCGGACAACAAGCUGACGGCGCUUACACCGGAACUGUUUGUAUCGUCGCGCAAAAUUCGUCAGGUGUAUCUGCAGAACAAUUCCCUCUCGGUGCUGGCGCCCGGUGUGUUUGAGGGACUGGAUCGACUAGAAACGCUUGAUCUGUCGCACAAUCAGCUAACAUCGACGUGGGUCAAGCGUGACACAUUCGCCGGUCAGGUACGGUUGGUAGUGCUGAACCUCGGUCACAAUCAACUGUCGAAGGUGGAUCAGCAUGUGUUCAAGGGUCUGUACAGCUUGCAGAUCUUGAACCUCGAACAUAACGCGAUCGAGCUGUUGGCUGACGGAGCGUUUAGCGAUUUGAAGAACCUGCACGCCCUCUUCCUUUCGCACAAUCGAUUGCGUCAAAUCGAACCGUAUCACUUCAGCGAGCUUUACGUGCUGAAUCAGCUGAUUCUGGAGUCGAAUCAGAUCGCGUACAUCCACGAGCGAGCGUUCGAAAACCUUACCCAUCUGCACGACCUGAGUCUGAACGAUAAUCGGCUGGAGGAGAUACCGUCCGGGAUGAAGAGUCUAAAGUUCCUGCAGUCGCUCGAUCUGGGCAAGAAUCAGAUUGCCGAGAUUAAUAAUUCUUCGUUCGAGGGACUGGAGGAGCUGAUGGGAUUGCGGUUGGUGGAUAAUCAGAUUUCGGAAAUCUCGCGUGACACCUUCUUCGCACUGUCGACGAUCCACGUGCUGAACCUGGCGUCGAACCGUAUUCGUCAUAUCGAUCAGUCAGCGUUCAGCUCCAAUCCGACGCUACGUGCCAUCCGGCUGGACAACAACGAGCUGGAGGAUGUGUCGGGCGUGUUUACGUCGCUGUCGUCCCUUGUUUACCUCAACAUUUCGGACAACAAUAUCGGGUGGUUCGAUUACUCGCACUACCCGCAGUCGCUCGAGUGGCUCGAUAUCCAUAAGAACAACAUCACGGAGCUGGGGAAUCGGUACGAUGUGGGGAAUUGGUUCCUGCUUAAAAUGCUCGACGUGUCGCAUAACAAGCUGCGGCAGAUUAAUGCCAGCUCGUUCCCGCGCAACAUUGAGACGAUCCUGAUGAAUAACAAUCAGAUCGAGGAGAUCGCACCGGAAACGUUCACCGGAAAGGAGAGCAUCGUAAAGGUGGUGCUUUACGGGAAUCGAUUGCGGCGUAUCGAGAUGGCUGCAUUAGCACUCACGCCGUGGCCAGAUACGCGCGUGCUGCCGGAGUUUUAUCUGGGCGAUAAUCUCAUUCACUGUGACUGCACGAUGGAGUGGUUGCAGCGGAUCAACGAGCUUGCCUAUCUGCGUCAGUAUCCGCAGGUGAAGGAUCUCGAGUCGGUGCACUGUUCGAUGGAGCAUGGUAGGGGUGAGCAGCGGCGACCGCUGAUGACGAUGCGGGCGAGCGAGUUCCUGUGCCGGUAUGAGGGCCAUUGUUUCGCUACCUGUCACUGCUGCGACUUUGAUGCAUGCGAUUGCAAGAUGACGUGCCCGGACCGGUGCCGGUGCUAUCACGAUACGGCCUGGGAGUCGAACAUAGUUGAUUGUGGCACGGCCGGAUUAUCGCUCGUGCCGGCAAAGAUACCGAUGGACGCAACGGACAUUUACCUCGAUGGGAACAAUCUGGGGGCGCUUGGCAGUCAUGUGUUUAUCGGGAAGAAGAAGCUCAAGUCGUUGUACUUGAAUGGGAGUCGUAUUGAGUCGCUGAAUAACAAGACGUUUGCCGGUAUUCCAGCGCUGGAAGUGUUGCACCUGGAGCAGAAUGGCCUGGAACAGCUGAGUGGGGCCGAGUUUGAGCAGCUGCGUGAGCUGAAGGAGCUGUAUCUGCAUCGGAAUUCGUUGGCUACGAUCGGGAACCGAUCGUUUUACUACCAAAAGUCUUUGGAAGUUCUAACGAUUGCGGACAACAAGCUGACGGGGCUGAAGCCCUGGGAACUGUUCCCCUUGCCGAGUGGUGGAUCGGAAGGAGCCUAUCGGUCCGUUUCGCUAGAGGGUAAUGGGCUGGAAUGUUCCUGUGAGCUUAUGCCCAAACUGCUCGACUGGCUCGAGCGGAUGUUCCGGAGCAACGGUACGGCGGGUGCUUCGGAAGAGGCCUCGGAAGCCUCGGAGGUUGCUAGCUGGGGUGAGUUCCGGUGCUCGAGCGGGAAACCCCUCCCAGACGUGAUGAAGGAAUGUGAGGGACAACGGCCGGCCGUAGUCCCCGUGGCGACGGCGACCGUACAGCGCACGAUCAUCAACGACGACUUCAUCGACUACCUGCCAUUGUUGAUCGCGGUACUCGCCGGGUUGGUGCUCACGAUCAUGCUAGUCGCACUGGUGGUGCUAUUCCGGCAGGACGUGUGCCUGUGGGCCCACUCCCGGUACGGGGUGCGACUCUGCAAGGACCCGCUGAGCGCACUGGAGCGCUGUGAGGAUAGCGAGAAGCUGUACGACGGUUAUCUCGUGUAUAGUGCGGCCGAUGCCGACCUGGUCACUAGUCAAAUCGGCCAGGAGCUCGAGCAUCACGGGUACGGCAUGUGUUUGCACUAUCGGGAUGUGCACGGUGGGGCCGGCUUCCUCGGCGACACCAUGCAAUCGGCAGCGGAUGCAUCCCGCAAGCUGGUGCUGUUUGUGAGUGUGAAGUUCCUGCAGCUGGAGUGGUCCCAGCCCGAGUUCCGGGCCGCGUUACAGGCGGUGCUGGAACUGAUACGGCCGUCCAGGCGCAAGCAGCGCCUCGUGCUGAUUACGUCCGUGCCGGGGUCGAUGCUGGCGAUGGACCCGAUCAUGGACAUCUUGGCCCGCACCUGCACUGUGAUCGCGUGGGAUGAUCGGCGGUUCUGGGACAAGCUGCGGUUCGCUAUGCCCGAUCUUGGACGGGAUGGUGGAUCGGUCAACAAGGCGUCCCAUCGGAAGAACAUCAACAUCCGCUACACACCGGCCCCUACCAACAAUCUGAUGGUGGUGGGAGGCAUCGGUGCAUCAGCUCCAACGGCCACCUGGCCCAAACGGCUCAACUCGGAGGUUUCAAUCCAGCAGCAGCAGCAGCACCAUCAACAACCUUAUCCGGUUCCUCAGCCCCGGUCGAUUGGAGGAGCACCACCGCACAGUACUUACACCACGGAGGAUGAGGACCCGUCGACGGCCGGGUCCUCCCCACAGUACGAAGCACCAACGCAUCCUGGAGGUGCUCCGGCCGGUGGGAUGUAUCAUCAUCAUCAUCAGCACCCGGGUAUUGUUCAGUACCAGCAGCAGCAACAGCAUUCCGGUGGAGGUACACCACUUCCACAAACUAUGCCCCAUCACCAUCAUCACCAUCAUCCACAUGGACAGUCGCAUCACCAUCAUCAUCACCACCAUCAUCCACCCGGUACUGGGACCGGACCACACGCAUACCACGGUGGAGGAGGAGGAGGGGGCGGAGGCGCUGGCGGUAACUUCAGUAGCACCAAUACGCUGGGCCACGUGUACUCCACCAUUCCCGAGCCUCAGUACAUGACCGACCAGCAGCAGCAGCAGCAGCAGCAGCAGCAGCAGCAGCAGGUUCGGACCAUGGGUCCCGGACCAGACGGCAGCAAUCGGCCGUACUUUGUGUAAAAUCGUUUUUCUUGUCCUCCCAACCCCCCAUUUGUUUCUCCCCAAAUCCCAUUUCCUGUGUGUAGCUGUGUCCAACGGUUCCGACGUGAUCAAGCGUAGUCUUAUCGGUUUGAAGUUGUUGUGGUUUUUUUUGUACAAAAAGAAGAGGAAGAAAGAGAAAAAGGUCUCCCAUCCCGUCCCCCUGUAUCCCUUUAAGUCGUUAUUAAUGGUUCCCGCGUUGUGGACCAGGCUAGUAGUGUCGCCCUUACUCGUAUCGCGCAUCCGUAUGCUUAUGAUUCCUACUACACGCACUAGGUUAGGUUCGAAUUUAUAAUAAUAAAAACAACAAAACCGUCAAACACAUUUAAAAGAAACAAA